UCAGGCUUCCUGUUUCACUGGCAUUGAGCCCUGUUGUUCAACAGCCUGAUCGAAACAUCCUUUGUGCACACUCCUUGCUUUGGCAUGGAGGCAAGCAGAUCAGAAAUUUCUGCAGCUGAUGAGAGCGAGGAAGUAACGUAUACUUCUGUCAAAUUCUCUCAGACUCCUCCUUCAAGACCCAAAGCUCCACAGGAGAAAAGAGCUCCCUGUCUGCGGCCAGCAGUUCUGAAGGGCUUGGCCAUAGGCUUUGGCACACUGAGCAUCUCCCUGGCAAUUGCUUUGAUUUGGAAGAUGAGUGACUGCCACCCACACUGCCCUCAACAGUGGGUGGCCUACAGAGGGAGCUGCUACUCCUUCUCCACGGAGAAGAAGGACUGGAAUUCCAGCCAUGAAUCCUGCAGGGCACAGGGAGCUCACCUCCUGGUGAUCAGUGAUACCUUGGAGAUGGAUCUGUUCAAGCGUAUUCAAGCAGAAUGUUUCUGGAUUGGACUGAGGAACAGUACAAGCUCUGGAUGGAUUUGGGAGGAUGGCUCUGUAUUAAGUGAUGCCAGGGUCCACUCUAACAGCGCUGUGCAAAAUUGUGCUGUCCUGAUGAAAGAUCAGUUUCGUGCCUCCAGCUGUGAAGUUUCAGUUCCAUGGAUCUGUGAGAAGACACUUAGAUAAAUCGCAUGUUCUCUUUCACCUCACAACCACCUCAUCAGGGGUAUGAGUUGAUCAUUCUCCUGAAAACUGAAGCUUCAUACAACAGCAAGGAGUUGCCUUUUCCAUACCCUCACUAGUGUUUUACAAGGACAGGUUUGUUGUCCAUAAUGGUGAGUUACUCUCAGCAAUAGAUUUAUUCUCAGUCCACAAGUGUUGGAUUACUGCUCUUUGUGACCAGAUGAGACCUGGGACAUAUUCCCUGGCCCACUCUUUCCUGUAUUUAUCCUAUAAAGGCAAAUAAAAGCUUUGUCACAACAGGUGUCUUCAGACCUCUGAGGGGGACCUAGUAAUUUUCCCUCACUUCUAAGUAUCAGAUUUAAUUUCCAUUCCCUGCAACUCCAUUGUCUGAUAUCAGAAGGAAAAGGAAGCCUGCUGUUCAUUGACAGAAACAUAUAAACAUAUUUCUCCCAGUGGCAGCUUCUCCUUUUGCAUCCCAGUGGUAUGAGUGGGAGAGAAGAGGGUGAAAUGAAACUGCAGCUUCUGUAAAUCCAGCAGUAAAAAUAAAUCUGCAGGACUGCACUGAACCAAAAAUGUGUACCUGUGCCACUUCUUCUCUGUUAGAAGGAAUUACCAGAUUUAACCAAGCUGGUCAAGAAACUGGCCUUCUGGAGUCAAAGGAAUACAGCUAAUUCUGUGUAAUGAUUUAAUCCACCAGGAACCUGUUUUCCUCCCCACUUGUG